UAAAAAAAAUAACAUCAGAUCAAGCUAAAAAAGGGCGUAUCUUGUAAACUCAAGUAAACAAAGCUUCUGGGUACAGGUGUCAGCUCUUUGACAAAAUACUUUUUGAGCUGACAAAAUAGAUACUAGCUAGACUAGACUGUGAUUGAGCUGAAGUAACUCUGCGGAUCAGGGCUAUACACUUAUCUUGCAGCUACUAGAGUCCCUGGCCGCCCCAGGCCAGGGCAGGUCAGGAAGGUCAGGACAAUGGCAGCAAGUCAUGAUCUGGGUCAGCAACUCUUUAUGGCUUCCCGUAGUGGUCGUGUGGACAAGGUGGAGAGGCUGCUGGCUAGAGGAGCUCCUGUCAACUGGAGGAACAGUUUUGGAUGGACCGCUCUCCAUGUAGCAUGCUUCUACAACCACCCUGAUGUAGUGAAGAUACUCACACAGCAAGAUGGCAUCGAUGUCAAUGUACAGAAUACUGAUAAGAACACUCCCCUGCACUAUGCCUGCCUCUGUGGAUACCUGAAGUGUGUCCAGUUACUGAUGGCAACUGGACAGUGUGACCUAGGAGCUGUUAACAAUGUUGGACUAACUCCACUGAGAGAGGCAGUCAGAGAGGGGCAGCUGAACACUAUCAAGUACCUCAUCACAGAGUGCAAUGUUGAUAUCAAUAAUUCUGCACAAGUAGUUCGUAUCCUAGAGCUGACACUGAAAGAUGAAGGUGAUGUAACCACCAAAGUUAACGAGAACAAUCGACUUCUUAUUGCUUGCAAGUUUGGGUACACUGCAAUUGUUGGUUAUCUGAUCAAUCAGUGCAAUGUGGAUGUCAAUAGAGCUGUGACCAGUGAUGGACUAACUCCACUGGGAAUGGCAGUCAGAGAGGGGAAGCUGGACACUAUCAAGUACCUCAUCACAGAGUGCAAUGUGGAUAUCAAUAGUAAGUUAGUAUACGCAUGCAUGCACUGUAAUGACAUAUAUUACUUGACCUUUCUAUAUCCCAACCCAUUGCGUGUACGUCUCAAAUGAUAUUUUACAGUAGCAGCCAAUAUAAAGUACCUGUUCCGUUUACGUAGUACGUCCGUAUAGUACGCAUUAGAUACGCGUUUUUUCUUAUUCAACCAUUGUCAUACCCAUGCAUGCAGCUCUGCACGCAGCUAUAUAUAGCUAUAUAAUUAUUGUAAAGUUAUAGUUAGCUGUAUAAUUAUAUAGAUAUUAGCGUUUUCUAACCUUGCAGAACAGAGAUAGGACUCAUAUUUAUAUAAUUAUAGAGACUGCAGACAUUAAUAUCUUUUUAAUGAGAAGUUGAAUGAGAAGUGUGAAUGGUGCGUUAUAAUUAUGUAUAGAUCAAGAGCUAUAGGCUUAAUUACAGCUAGACAUAAGCCAUAGCAUAGCUAAGUACUUGAGAUGACUAGGAUUGUCUCUUUGUUUACUACUUUUCUACAACAUACUUGCAACAUGUAACGGUAAAUAAACGGUACAGUAAAUUUCAACGUUUUUAAUAAUUAUGAUAGUGUAAAAACGGAAACGUUAUGAAACGUACUACGGGUGUACUACGUAAACGGAACGGGUACUUUAUAUUGACCGCUACUGUAGGAUCACGAUAAAAUCCAUGCCGUACGUCCAUCACAGACAGACAGAUGACUAUAUUAUAGAGACUCGCUUCACUCGCCCCUAUAAAAAGCGCCUCAUACUCAGGUGCAGGACUGGGACUAUAGGCCUGUACCAAAUAUUCCGGAAUAAUUUUUUGAAUAAUAGGCAGUCUUGUUUACAAUGUGAAUAAUAAACCACUGUGAAAAUAUAUCCCACAUUUUACAUAUCAGUAAAUCUAAUUGUUAUUCCAAUCACAUUUGAAAAAAUGUGGUGUGCUAAUAAAAAUUUAUUAUUAGCUGCUGAAAUUA